CUCCUUAUCAUAAAGUCAGAUAUGAUCAGAAGACACUUGUUGUGAAUAAUGAAAGAUAAUCCAGUGGUUUUUGAAGCUCUUCGAAGAACUGGGAACAAAGACCAGAUACAUUUUUUUAUAUCACAAAUCUGGAAUCCAUGUGUGAGACCAAGUUAUUAUCUCUAAAGAAGAGACAUUUUAGUCAAAUAAUAUUUACCCAUGAAGACCUACCCACUUUUUUUCAGCCCACAUUUCUCAUUCCACAUCAAGAAACUAUUAAUGAAGAGAAAUCCUGUGAAUGUAAAAUAUGUGGAAAGGCCUUUAAUCAAAACUCACAGUUUAUUCAACAUCAAAGAAUUCGUUCUGCUGAAAAAAAUUAUGAAUGUAAGGAGUGUGGGAAAUCCUUUAGUUGUGGCUCACUUGUUACUCGACAUCAGAGGAUUCACACUGGUGAAAAACCCUAUGAAUGUAAAGAAUGUGGCAAGGCUUUUAGUUGUAGUUCGUAUUUUUCUCAACAUCAGAGGAUUCACACUGGUGAGAAACCCUAUGAAUGUAAGGAAUGUGGAAAGGCCUUUAAUUAUUGCUCAAACCUUAAUGAUCAUCAGAGAAUUCACACUGGUGAAAAACCCUAUGAAUGUAAAGUAUGUGGAAAAGCCUUUACUAAGAGUUCACAACUUUUUCCACACCUGAGAAUUCAUACUGGUGAGAAACCUUAUGAAUGUAAGGAAUGUGGGAAAACCUUUACUCAACAGUCAAGGCUUAUUCAACAUCACAGAAUGCACACUGGUGAGAAACCUUAUGAGUGUAAGGAAUGUGGGAAGGCCUUUAGUAGUGCCUCAACACUUACCAACCCUCACAGAAUUCACACUGGCAAGAAACUCUAUGAAUGUAAAGAAUGUGGAAAGGCCUUUAUUCAGAGCUCUGAACUUAUUCAACAUCAGAGAAUCCAUACAGAUGAAAAACCAUAUGAAUGUAAUGAGUGUGGAAAGGCUUUUAAUAAAGGCUCAAACCUUACUCGUCAUCAAAGAAUUCACACUGGUGAGAAACCUUAUGACUGCAAAGAAUGUGGAAAGUCCUUUGGUAGUCGCUCUAACCUCAUCCGCCAUGAAGGAACUCAUAAUGGAUAAGUGAUAGUUCCUUUUGAUAAACUUGAUAGUAAUAUUUUUAAAACAAGUGAUGCAAAAAAAAAAAAAAAAAAAAGCAAGGAAAAAAAACUGAAGGUUCUUCUGUGUAAUAGUUUCCUAGGGCUGCUGUAAUGAAGUACCAAGUACCACAAAACAAGGUGGAUUAAAACAACAGAACUUAUUCUCUCAUAGUUUUUGAGACUUGAAACCCAAAAUCAAAGUUGUUGGCAAGUUUGGUUCCUUCCAGGGACUCAGGAAGAAUCUGUUCCACACCCUUCUCCUAGCUUCUUAUAGCAGCAAUUUUUGACAUGCCUAGGCUUAUAGAAGCAUUGCUGCUAUCUCUGCCUCCAUCUUCACACUACGUUCUCUGUGUGUCUCUGCAUCUGUUCUGUUGUACAGACACAGGUCAUAUUGGAUUAGGGCUCACAGUAAGGACCUCAUCUUAACUUGAUUUUAUCUGCAAAGACCUUAUUUCCAGGUACUAUCACAUUAACAUACCAGGGGUUUGGACUUCCAACAUAGUUUAACCCGUUACACUGUUAACACUAUUUUUUCUAAUGUGUUUGUAAUUUUAUAGAUAACAUUAAUCAAAUGUAUUUUUUAAAUGUAUUUAAUAAUGUGAAUUCAAGGUCUAAAUUAAACCCCCUUUUCCCUCAAAAAAUUCUAUCCCCCAAAUUCUAUGUUUUAGGACCAUCUUUUCUAUUUUCGUGGCCUACAUAAUACUAUACUGUAAAUUGUGUUGCAUAGGCUGUCUUUGAAUUCAUGGUGGAAUUAUAAAUUUGUAUUUGAAGGCAGCUCUAUUCUUUUGUUAGGUUAAUAUUUUCUUGUUGUUAAAAAAACGGGGCACAAAGAAAAAAAGAUUUAUAAGCCUGUGAAACAGAAAUGACUUCUUUCAGAUUAUCAUAGUAUAUCCUUGCAGGCUUUACUUAAUGUAAUCAUGACAUACAUGUUGUACCAUAACCUGCUUUUAUGCUACUGUUUAAGUAAAGGUGUUUAUGUAUUAUUAUUUUUAACGGUGUCAUAAUCUUUUCUGUGGUUGAUUCUCAUUUUGCUAAAUAACUACUGAUAAACAUUUUGGUGCCUGUUUAAACUUUUGCAGUUAUAGAAGUUGCAUUCUAAAUGCAACUUUAGUACUUUUUUGUUUGAAAUUUCAAAACAUUUAAUUUCAAUGCUGAAAUAACUAAUGAAUAUUUUCUCCCUGUAAAAAAUUGCCAAUAAUCCCCAAUUCCCUCAUAAUCACUAUUAUGAACUUAUUUUUAUGCUUUGAAACCUUUUUAAAAAAGUUUUUUACAUGCAAAAAAAUAAAUAAAUAAAUAAAGCAAAUGAAAUAAGAGGGAGUCCAGCAGCCAGAAGGGAGCACUCUCACACCCUGUCACUUCAACUGCAGGUCCCACAGGGGCAAGGCUACUACAACACUACCUGGCAGAACAAAAGCAGAUUUUCUCCCCAUCUGGCAACAGCGCAGCCAGUGAGAAGCACCACACUCAGUUUCCUCCAAAGGGCUCUCUGUUCAUAACAGCUCCUCACACCCCCCUUCUCCUCCUUAAGUUUCCCCUCCUGUGUCCUCGGUGCUUGCCUGUGGUUCCCCAUGGGCUACAGGUCCUGAUUUGCAGUUGUUUGCUCCUCUGAAAUAAAUCCAUUUCCCUGAUAAAAUAACUGGUUGUUUUAAAUCAGUAAUACAAGUCCUGAAAGUGCAAAAAUCACAAUGCACAAAAAAUGGAGAUGCAAACCCAUGUGAGCUCCACCCCAUCAGGAUGGCACCAAGCAGCUCAGAGCCCUCCU